AUGGAGAGUAGCCUCAUCCCUUCAUCUACACCUCUCCUCAUCCUCCGACUCUCGAGACGUCUUUACGGCUCCCUGUCCUUCCGCAUCCUCUUCCUCUCUCUUCCUCUCGCACACAUCCCCCCCCUCUCUAGCUCUCUAUCUCUUCUCUCUCUACCUUCCCCGUCUCUUCUCUCAUCCUCUCCAUCUCUCUCUACACAAACGCCAUCUUCUUAUCAAUUCCUCCUCAACUCUCCACCAGCCGAGCCGAACCUUUGUCUCUUCCUCACUCUCUCUCUCGAGACCGCACUCCAACUCUUCAGCCUCGAUCUGUCGUCUCCCGACUCUCCAACAUCACCAAGGGAGGAGACCAAGACACAGCUCAUCUUCCCAAAAAGAGACAUUGCCUCGCAUUCCGAGCUUGCAAAGUCUGCGCCAGAGCUCUCCCUCUUUGGCUGGAGAGCACUCGAGUCCCCAGCUUCUGCAGCCGGCCACGCCAAAAAGGCAGCGCACGCACCACCAAGCAGUCCUUCCGUCUCCAAGCGGGAAUCCACUCUUGACCGCACCAGGCCACCGUCCACUCUCCUAGCACUGCACUACCACUGCAACUGCCACCCGGGCUGCCACCCCAUCAUCAUCCAUCCUCACCACUCAAGGGCUCUCUCACUCCCACUUCACCCACUACCCAUUCCCACCACCACCCCCCCAUCGCCCGCCCGCCCAUCACACAUCUGCCCCGCUCGCAAAUCCUUACCACCUCCUCCACCACCACCAUCACACGCUUGUUUGACCUGCCUGUCUGUCCACGCGCUUCCUAAUAGCGACAAACCCAAACAACCCUUCGAGAGCUUCCUCCGAGCCCUUGUAUUCCUGCUCAACCUCUCCCCACGACCCUUUCUCGACAGCGACAUGUCUCUAUCUCAGGAUCAGAUGCUGCCUGCCGGUAGCGACUUGGUCGAGGGCCUGGACCACCUUAAGGUGGGCGAUGACGAGCCACGCCUCGGCCCCGACGGGGAGCCUGCCCCCAAGACGGAGGAGGAAUACGCGCAAGCGCAGCUCACCCUGAGGGCCAUUGUCUCUUCCAAAGAGGCCGGCGUCAUUAUCGGUAAGGGCGGCAAGAACGUUGCCGACCUGCGAGAGGAGACUGGUGUCAAGGCUGGAGUCAGCAAGGUCGUGCAGGGAGUUCAUGACCGUGUGCUUACUAUCACUGGCGGUUGCGACCCGGUCUCCAAGGCCUAUGCUGUCGUGGCUCGAUCGCUGCUCGAAGGCGCUCCAGCCAUGGGCAUGGGUGGAGUCAUUCAGGGCAACGGGACGCACCCUCUCAAGCUUCUCAUCUCCCACAACCAGAUGGGCACCAUCAUUGGCCGACAAGGCCUCAAGAUCAAGCACAUUCAAGAUGCAUCCGGCGUGCGAAUGGUAGCCCAGAAGGAGAUGCUGCCGCAAUCGACCGAGCGGAUCGUCGAGGUCCAGGGUACCCCCGAGGGCAUCCAGCGCGCUGUGUGGGAGAUCUGCAAGUGCCUCGUCGAUGACUGGCAGCGAGGAACCGGCACUGUUCUUUACAACCCCGUCGUGCGAACCCAGCCCGGCGCGACUGGUUCCAGUCUUGGUGGCGGAGUGAGCUACGGCUCGCCUAGCAGGGGAGACUAUGGCUCCCCUCGUGUUACUCGGACAGGUAAUGGCGCCGAUUUUAGCAACGGCGGUCCACGUUCGUUUAAUCGCCGGUCUGAUUCUGAUGCAGCCACCCGCGGAGUGCCCACGCACGAUGAGAACGGUGAGGAGAUUCAGACGCAGAACAUCAGCAUUCCCGCAGACAUGGUUGGAUGCAUCAUCGGACGUGCUGGCAGCAAGAUUAGUGAGAUUCGCAAGACGUCCGGUGCACGUAUCUCCAUUGCAAAGGCCCCCCACGACGAGACUGGUGAGAGGAUGUUCACGAUCAUGGGCAGCGCCAAGGCAAACGAGACGGCGCUGUUUCUGCUCUACGAGAACCUGGAGGCUGAGAAGAUGCGGCGCAGCCAGGCCCAGGCGUCGUCGGAGUAG